AUGGAUCAGUCGAGCACUACUCCCAUGCCGAGCCAGACCAGCAAGCAAAUUGCUUUGAUCACAGGUGGCAACCGUGGCAUUGGCCUGGAAACAGCGAAGAGGUUGGCCACAGACGCAGAGAAUUACCAUGUCUUGAUGGGAUGCCGCGAUGAGACGAGUGGUAAUGAGAGUCUGAGCACGCUACAUGCCCUUGGUCUCUUGAUUGAGAUGGUACUCAUUGAUGUUACCGACGACAGCUCAAUCGAGAGCGCUGUCGAGACUAUCAAGUCUCGUUAUGGAAGGCUUGAUGUUCUUGUGAACAAUGCAGGGAUGUCCAAUGAUCGACAACUGGGGCACGCUGGAAUAUCAACACGGUCUUUGUAUCAGGAGCAGUUUAACGUCAACUUGUUUGGUGCUGCUCAAGUUACCGAGGCGUUCAUACCUCUCCUCCAACAAUCCACAACGCCGCAUAUUGUAUUUCUAUCGUCGUGGUUAGGUUCGUUGGCGCACAGGAUGCAUACCACAGAUCGGUACUAUUCUGCCGAACUCCCAAUUUACCGCACAAGCAAGGCCGCCUUAAACAUGUUGUGUGCACAUUAUGCUACGAAAUUUGGCGACGCGGGAUGGAAGGUCAAUGCCGUUGACCCAGGUCAUGUUGCUACAAGAUUGAAUAAUUUCAAAGGACCUCUUCCUGCAACAGAAGGCGCGAUUCAAGUAGUUGCGAUGGCCACGAUCGGGCCCGACGGUCCGAAUGGAGCGUUCAUUGGUAGAGACGGCAUAGUAUCGUGGUAG